CCCACCCGUUGCAAAACACGGUUUCACUUGUUCUAGCGUGUAAACAAAUCGAUAUGGAGGAUCAGCUUACCUUUCGGAAGUACAGUUCUCUUGAUACCUCACACGGUAUGAUGACAGUCUAACGCGUGUUCGUCCUCCUGCUUCACCAUGGCAUCUGUAUCAGUCAGUGAAAAUCAGCUCCAGAGGAUAAUCAGAGAUCUGCACAACGCGGUUUCCGAGUUGACCAAGGAGCACGUCGAGAGUGGAGAACCCAUCACAGACGACAGCCCCAGUCUCCAGAAGUUCUCCUAUAAACUGGAAUACUUACUGCAAUUUGACCAGAAAGAGAAAGCCACUUUUCUGGGCAGUAGGAAAGACUACUGGGACUAUUUCUGUGAUUGCUUGGCCAAGAACAAAGGGGCUAACGAUGGCAUCCGCUUUGUCAAGUCCAUCUCAGAGCUGAAGACGUCUCUGGGAAAAGGUCGAGCCUUUAUCCGUUACUGCCUGGUGCACCAGCGACUGGCAGACACUCUUCAGCAAUGCCUGAUGAACCAGAGAGUCACAUGUGACUGGUACUACGCCCGCAGUCCUUUUCUGAAGCCCCACCUCAACGUUGACAUCGUUAAUCACCUGUAUGAGCUGAACCAAAUCCAGUUUGAUGUGGCAUCCAGAGGAUACGAUCUAGACUCCGAGUGGCCCACCUUUGCCAGGAGAACCGUGGCGUCAGCAGUGUCGGGUGCCCAUGUGUGGAGACCGCCCAGCCGCUGCUCCAGUGUCAACAGCCUUGUCAGCAGCUACUCACAGCAAAUACAGGAAUUUCUCCCAGGUCCAGAGUUGGGUACCAGUUUUCAAGCAGACCUUGGAGAACUAGGAGAACUCCCUUAUAGUGCUGUAGAUGACUUACGUGUUGAACUCGACCAGUCCGAGCUACAGAAACAACAACUUCAAGAGCAGGUUCAUCAGCUUACUGAUGAAGCUGCAGAAUUAAAGCAGAAGGUUGCUGAUCUCCAAGCGAAGCUACUUGUGGCCGAAAGUGCCAAUCAAAAGCCAUGUAAGGAGGAAGCAGGGAAGGCAACAAAGGAGUCACCCAAUCAAGAGGCUGAAGUGGAGAAGCUGGAAGCUGGGGGUAAAACCAGGGAUUGGGCAAAGCAGGCCCAAGAAUUCAAGGCUCAGGGGGAAAAGUUGAAAGAGAGUGAAGAGGCUCUUGUCAAGCUCCGUACAUCCAGUGAGAAGGAAAGAACCAUUGCAAUCCAGCAGGCUGAUGAGCUCCAAGCAACUGUUAAUCGCCUCAGUGAGGCACUGUCUUUGAAAGAACAGGAGGCAAAGAACUUGCAUACCCAGCUGCAGGACAUGAAAAGCUCACUGCAGGAAAGGGUCCAACAGCUAGAGGAGGUGAAGAAGAAAGCACAACUUGAGCGUGAGGAGCUUCAACAAAAGAGCAGCAGCCUAAAGGAAACACUAGAUAGUCAGAUUGUAUCACUGCAGGAGCAGUUGAAAGCAAAGGAGAUCAAGCUCUCGAUAAGCACUCAGAAGAUCCAGCAGUUAGAAAAACAGAGCGUGGAAAGCCAGGGCAAGAAGCUGGAGGAGUACAAGACCCAGUGUGUCAGCUUAAUGGAGAUCAAUGCAAAGUUGGUCAGUACAGUAAAGAAGAGUGAGGAAAGUAACAAGGAGCUGGCUCAGACCAAAGCUGCUAUGGAGAGAGAACUGACCUCUCUAAAAGCCUAUGAGAAGCAGAUCAAGGCCAAGCUGGCUUCAGCUGGGCUUACAGUAGGGGAAAGAGAGAAGUUGUUUGUGGAGGAGAGCCAGUGUCUUGAGGAAGACACCCAGAAAUCUCAGAUGAAAACUGAGGCCAGUAUGAAGGAGAGACAUGGAGAGUUAGAUAAUGGACCAAGCUCGAGGGAGAGCAAGACCAUAUUUAAUCAAGAAGUAAAGAAUCAAAAUGAAGAGCUAACUGAGCAGACAGAUCACAAGAAAGAUCUCCACCUAUUACAGCACUCUGAAACUGGAGAAGCAGCUUCUAGACUAGCUCUAGCCGAAGCCCAGUUAGAGUUAAACAUCAAGGAGGUCUCCAGGCUCCAGGAGGAGGUUGUAGAUCUUCGAGCCCAGCUAAAAGUGACCUCAGAAGAGAGGAUGAAAAUCCAAGCUCUGCAGGAAGUAACUGAGGCCUCCAGGGCAGACCUUUGUGCUCAAACUGAGCAACUCAAGUCCCACGUGGAGGAUCUGAACCGCCAGCAUGUAGAAGAGCUCCUGCACUGUCGGGAGAAGGAGGAAACAUUGGAAAAGAAGUGGGAUACUGAGGCCCAGGCUCGAGCCAACCUACAGACUGAGUUGGACUCCAUGAGGGAGGAGCUUAAUGUGCUGAAGAGACAAAACACUGCCCUGGCCCUGGAAAAUGAAGAGUCUCGAGAGGCCCUUCACAGAGCCAACACUGAGAUGGCAGAGCUGGGUGUCCAAGUGUGUACGCUGACUGGGCAGAAUGAAGAGUCGAGGUUGCGCUGUCAGGAACUCUCAGCCAAACUGCAGGAGCUGCUGGUGGUGCAAAAUGACACUCAGACCCUCAGCGACUCUAUGGAGACCCUGAAAAAAGACAACACUAACCUCCGAGAGGAGUUGAAGCAAGCAGAGAGUCGGACGAAAGCCAUGAAGGAACUCCAGCAGAGGCUUGAGGGUGCACAGGAGGAGGCCAGGAGCUUGCGGAAAAGCAACCAGAGAGAGCUCAGUGCUCUUCGGCAUCAGCUGAGCGAGGCAACCACGAACUACCAAAACCAGAUGAAGGUUCUGAAUGAGGAGCUGCUGAGCACAAGGUCUCAGAUGGAAGCAGAGCAGGGAAAAGUGUCCACCCUGGAGACCCGACUGGCAGAGCUUGAGUCCAGUAACACCAAUCACAGUGAGACGCUUGAGGAGAAGAACGCCUGCAUUGUGAAAUCUGACUUGUUGCUUCAGCAGAAAGAGGAACAGCUCAACCAAAUGCGGUGCAGUUUGGCCAAGGCUCAGGAGGAAAUUGCUCUCACUCAGAAAGCGUGUCAGGACCUGAGUGAGAACCUGCGCAGAACGGUCAUGGAGAAGGAGACAUGCGAUCUCAAGUCGUCUGCAGAAAUCGAUGAUCUGUACCGCACAAAGAGAAACCUGGAGGAAAGACUUAUCGAGCUUAUUCGGGAGAAAGAUGCUCUGUGGCAGAAAUCGGAUGCUCUGGAGUUUGAGCAGAAGCUGAGAGCUGAGGAGCAGUCGGACCGAGAGCUUCCGUAUUGCUCCGAGUGUCACACACAGUUCAGCUGGUGGCUCCGGCGACACUACUGCAAGCUGUGCGGUCGGCCUUUUUGUUACUACUGCUGCAAUCACACAGUGAGCAGUCAGCAGGGCGGAGUCAGAGAGCGCUGCUGUAAGGACUGUUACACACGGCACAGCGCAGCAGAGCACCACCCUCAGGAGGAUCUCGGAAGUCCGUCUCGGGUGUCGUACAGCCCGCUGUGCUCCACUCCCACCAGAGCCUCCAUGCCUAGUGUCACAGUGGCACCGCAGACCCCCAGGCCAGACGACGCAGUGUUCGAUAUCAUCACAGACGAGGAGGUGAACUGCAUUUACGACAACAACACGCUGCCCUACACCACAGCUCAGUCUCCAGGAAGUGGACACCAAGGAACACACGAGAUUAGUAGCAGUACGAGCGGUGGUGACCUGACUGCAGACGAGUCGGAGGAGCUGCCGAGCUCGGUGCAGGACGCAGAGAUCUGCCUGCUCAAGUCUGGAGAAAUCACACUGUCCGUGCCAUUGAGUGUGGAAGAGAUCUCUAACUUCGGUCAGGAGUCCAAAGAACUCUUCAUAAAGUCGAGUAGCUAUAGUCUGAUCCCCAUCACCGUGGUUACCGCUGGAGCCACCAUCAGCUGGGUGUUUUCCUCAACGCCAAAGAGCAUCUCCUUUAGCGUGGUGUACAGAGAGAGCACAGACACACCAAUGGAGCAGGCCAAGGUUCUGAUCCCUUUAACCAGGUGUAACUCUCACAAGGAGGCAGUCCAGGGCCAGGUGAAAGCUCGCAACCCCGGACAAUACGCACUUAUCUUUGACAACUCCUUCUCCAGGUUCAUCUCGAAAAAAGUGCUGUACAAACUGAGCGUGGAGCAGAUGGUCGUCUACGAUGGAAGCGAAUGACCAUAAAACUGGCCAUAAAAUAGGGAAAUACUCCUCAUACACACUUCUGACUCUCUGUCUGGGUGAAAAGUCUCCUGGUGGAUGAGCGAACUGAAGAGUUAUCGAGGCUUUUGUGUUUUCCAGGACAGUUUCAUGUUUCUGUAAAAAGCCAAACUCUCGCCAAGAGCACAACACACUACUGAUAGGACACGUGAUUUAUUUUGAACAAAUCAGCUUUAUAAGGUAUUACAGAAAUCUAACUUUUACAUCUGUGAGAUUUUAAUGUUUUUGGGUUUUUUUUUUUCCCUGAUAUGUGAACUAUCUUCACAUGAGGUUUAGGUUUUAAAAUAUAUUUAAAAUAUAAAGCACUUAUUUAGUCACGUGACCAAUCAAGGCAGAUAGAUAGAGUGUGAACAAUAGAAGACGUGCACUACAAAUUAUGCUGCGCUUUAAAUAUUUACUGUUGUGCUGCGUUCCAGGAAAGUCUGCGAUUAUAAAACAAAAAUCUAUUUUUCCAUGCCUUUACGAUCACCUCAUGAACAUGCAGCUGAAUAUUAAAUGUACAGCAGAUGAGUUUUUAAAGAGUCGAAGAGCUUUACGAUGGUUUCGAUUCAUCUCAUUCAAAUAAAACGUUUCUUAGACUAAAAUAAAAAAUGCGAAAGUCUUCUAUGCACAGGCGUGUUACGAGAGCACAAAGUCAAUUAUUUGUUUUUUUUUUUAUCUCAGACAGCACAAAUGUUCCGAGUCGUUAUCUGAGAACAGCGGUUCCACACGUUUGAAGGUUUCCUUGAGCGUCUCGGAGCGGUUACACCGAGAUGAGAUGAGAUGAGCUGUGUAAUCGUACCAAGCACAAGCACACUAUAAUCAUCUGAGUCACGUUUAUUUUAACAGCUCGCUGUGCGUUUCUGUUCUGCUGGCGUGACGAGGAAUUUUAUAAGCAAUAUCUUCGCUGCUUGGUAUUUAAAUGAGACUCCUGAGCUGUAACUUGGUGGGCUGAACCAAGUUGAACCCAGUAUAUGGUGGAAUUGGUGGUUUUGUUUUUUUUUUUGAUGGGUUGUUUUUGGUUUAAGAAAUCAAAUAUUUCCCAAUUUUCCAUCCAAGAGAUGUUUGAUGUACGACAUGUGCAUUCGAAGGCUAAUGGAAGAUUCUCGCACAAAAUGUUCGCCAAAAAAUUAAAAAUGUGCUUUAAAUUCCACCGAGCUUUUAGUAAAGUUGCAUGUGAAUGAUUGGAAAUUGUUGUUUUAAAUUAUUUCAUUUCAGUCACGCUGAUUUUCUUCGUACUAAUGCGCGAACAGCUGGUUUUGAUUUAGCCCCGCCCACAAAAGGCAUUUUUUAUAUAUAUAUUAGUGCUGUCAAAAAUGUCGCGUUGUUAACGCGUUAACUUGACUCAAUUUUAACAGCGAUAAUUUUUUUAUCGCGAGAUUAACGCUCUGUGACAUGAUGUAGGUUUUUCAUAAGCUUUUGAAACUGCCAGGAACUUGCAACAGAGACAAACGAUAGCAGCUAGACUGUAAUGCCCCACACAGCCAGAGUCCUCUGCCCUCCUCCCCCCCAAAGAACCAGCGCGGGCAGGGCGCGCUAGUAGAGAUGGGAUUUAUGGCUCUUUGAUGGGAUCCGCAUCUUUGUGAUCGGUUCUUUGAAACGAGCCGUUCAAAAGACUGGCUCAUUUGGCUCUUUUUAAAUAUUUAUUCAGUUUUAAGAAGACAGCGUCUAAAGAAGCCAGAUCCCUCUGAACUGUAAACUCAAUGCUAUCCCAGAAAUCCUUCCUGUAAUAUGCAAAUUUGGCCGCCUCUGAUUGGACAGCGCGACGCAUCAACAGGCAGAAAGUGUAAAAGUACAAAAUGUGUUAAGUGAGCUGAAACAGUAAAGAUCAGAUUCAAUGCAAUAUUUAUCAACGAACAACUUAAAGUUAAUAUAAUAGUGUACUUUAUAUUAUAAUCAAGCAUGUCAAGCCUACCGUCACUGUGUAACCUAUCUCUCUGAUUAGAGUUGUAGACUAACUCAAGCAGUAGAUCACUUCACUCAUGGUUCUUUUGCUAGCCCCGGUGUUCGGCUUAGGUUUCACUUUGCAGUGGCUGUGUCAAGACGUGUUAUGCUUUGCAGUACAAAGCAAGCCCAUUCAUGUUUUUAUGCUGAUAAGAGAAUUACAAUGGUUUUUCAUGUGACAAAAAUGUGCGAUUAAAUUGUGAUUACCAUAUUUUCCGGACUAUACGUCGCUCCGGAGUUUAAGUCGCAUCAGCCAAAAAAUGUAUUAUGAAGACGAAAAAAACAUAUAUACGUCGCACCGGACUAUAAGUCGCACUUUUUUGAAGGGUUAUUCUAUCCAUAGAAUCUGUGAUUCUAUCUGAUAAGCGGCGCGUGGUUACUGCGCGACUGCAUUGUUUAUUUAAUAAACGAACAGCUGAGCAGUGAUAACGCGCCCUUUGCCCUGUAAGUAGCCUAGUCUGAUUAUUUUAAAUAUCUACUACUAUCUUUAAUACUAUCACUAUCGUUAUCACUAAUAGCCUAUAUUAUUAUUAUUAUAACUAAUAUUAGUAGCCUAUUACUGAUGCAUUAAUCAGUUUGCUUUUAGAUUAUUUUUACCGGUAGGGCUUAUUAUCGCCCCAUGGCUCUUUCAUCUUUGUUAUUAAAGCUGUAGUCAUCAUCGAGGAGUGUCAUUCUUCAUUUUUGUCAAAUUUUAUUUCAUUAAAUCAGAGGUCAAGUAGGCUAUAGGUAUAUCAUCUCCAAAGACAACCGUCUAGUGAAAAAAAAACAACAACCGCUUUUAAAUCCCCUACUUAAAUCCUUAAAAAGAGUAAUUUAACUCAUGUCUUGUGUGAUCUGAUCUCCAAUGGUGAAAUAAACCGGUUGUGAUAUGAGUAGUCUGUUAUUUUAGAAGAUAAAUUUAAUAUAUAAUUUUUAAUAUAUAGCCUAAUAAAAAUAAUAUUUUAUAACAUAUCACGACAUAUUACUGUCUGUAAUUGUUCGUCACUAAAGCGUUUUCUAAGAUCAUAAUGUCUGAUAUUAUUUUUUUUUGCACACACAAUAAGCGCGUGUGCGUAAAGUUAUAGUAAACCACCCCCCACCUUUUUUUUUUGAGUCGCCGGACCCACCCACCUCCUGCGUUCUGGGACCUCCCACUUCACAAAUUAAGCACUGCCUAAAAUCACUACAUAACUUAUUUAAAUAACUAUAGGCCUAUCAUUAAUAAUAAAACACAGGUCAAUCAAGUUUAUCAAGCUGAUGAUUUCACUCCAAAUCAGCAAAUCCAUUGAAUUCCUCAUCCUCGGUGUCGCUUCUGAACAACUCUGCCAACUCCAGCGGCAGAUGAAGCGCCGUUUCCUCUUCUUCUGCGUGGCUGUCGUCAGACUCAGCAUCAGCUCCAGUUAUUCCGCGGUGAAAAAAAAAAAACAUAUAUACGUCGCACCGGAGUAUAAGUCGCAUGGCCAGCCGAACCAUGAAAAAAAGUGCGACUUAUAGUCCGAAAAAUACGGUAAUCGCGAGUUAACUAUGACAGUCGCGACAUUAAUCGCGAUUAAAUAUUUUAAUCGCUUGACAGCACUAAUAUAUAUAUUACAUUUAGCAGACACUCUUAUCCAGAGCAACAUACCCAGAGCAGCCUGGGGAACAGUUGGUGGUUCAGUGCCUUGGUCAAGAACACUUCAGCCAUUCCAGCUGGUCUAGGGAAUUGAACUGGCAACGUUUUAGUCCCAAAGCUGCUUCUUUAACCAUUAGGCCACAGCUCCCCCCAAAGCAAAGCUCAUAGAGCUGAAAACAAUAACAUGAUUGACUCACUUUUCCUCCUUUUCUAGGGUGCCAUUUCUUUUCUUUCUUGAAUAUCUGUUCUGAUUCGUUUUAAUUUAUGGAUUUCUUCCAAGUCCUUAAAAUUAAAUGAUAAACGUUUGACAAAAUUUUAUUACAUUUGUGUGUACAAGAAAUAAAUAAGAGAUUUAAACUUGACAACAUAAUUCGGAUACAGUUUUCAGUAACUCAUCACCAUUUGUAUGUUACAGGUCAGAACUGUAGGUCAGAUGGAAUUUUUGAACCCAGUUCAUAAUUUCCGAUUUGUAUUAAAGGACAUGGGACAUGAGACAUAAAUGCACGCUAUAUCAGUUUCUUUCCAUUAAAAAUAUGAAAUAAUUGCAUCAACAAAUACAAAAUUAUCUAUUAAAUUCAGCAAAAUCGUUAUAUUCGUGAUGAUUAUAUGGCAUUUCUGCUCGAGCUCCGAUAUGCAUAUUUUACAACCGGAAGAGCCGCCGUCACGUGAUCAUACGUCACAAAAACUUUCGGGUACAGCACAAGCGGGUCGAUGAAUAUGGAGAGGUGUGAAUCGUGAUGAUGACGAAUGCGACAAAAUAGUUUUUGUGUCUUGGAUGACAAGAAAAUUGUUUCGUUUUUAGAGUGUUUAACGUACAUUGAACAUCAUGGUGUAUUGCGACCUCCCAGUCAGUCAGACGCGCUGUCACUCCUGUUAGCAAUGUAGCUAGGCUCAGUAUGGCCAAUGGUAUUUUUUGGGGCUGUAGUUAGAUGCGACCAAACUCUUCCGCGUUUUUCCUGUUUACAUAGGUUUAUAUGACCAGUGAUAUGAAACAAGUUCAGUUACACAAAUUGAAACGUGGCGAUUUUCUAUGCUAUGGAAAGUCCGCACUAUAAUGACAGGCGUACUAACACCUUCUGUGCGCUUCGACAGCGCAUUGAUACCUUCACUCGGAGUUGUACCAUUAUUUUUUAGACAGGGCGGACGGACCAGGGCAUUCGCCCGCCUGGCCGUGCCCGACGAGGAGCGCUCUCGGCCGGCUUGGGAGGCAGACGGCAGCCCCUCCUGGAAGUGUGGUUUUACCAUGGGCCUCAUGCGGUAAGGAUUAGUAUUAUAAUUUUGGGUGUAUCAAUUAUUGAUUAUCAUAAUUCUGACUCGUUUCGCCAUUUUGAAUGUUUUCAUCUCGGACUCUGGAAGCAUUGUAUCUCAAUCAAUCUCGAAAAAUAUCAGCAAAAAAAAACUAGCUUGCAACGGACUUUAGCUAGAUCUAUGAUGAACUUUCAAUGUAUGAUACAAAAAUAAUACUUCUUUCAACAGAUCAUUAGCCUUUGAGCAGAAUUGUUUUUAACUUACCAGGAAGUGUUAUCGAGCCGACCGCUUUCAGUUUCAUGGGGAUUGAAUGAACUCUCACUCUCAGAAUCAUCUGACCCGUCAGAGUAAAGACAAGAUCCAUGUUCAUGUGAAUUUCCAGCUAUCGGUUCGAAUUGAUAGGGUCUAACUUCACAUCUCUGUGAAACAUCGGGAAUGUCACUGUCGAUGGUGUCCAUUUCGGUAACCUGUUUACAUUAGAUACCCAAGCGCUGGCUCCUUGGAAAGUUUUUGUGACGUCACGGGUCAUGUGACCGCUUAGCUAAUUAACGAAUCAUUGUUUUACGCUGAUGUAUAAAAAAGUUGAAUAAUGUGAUGAUUUUCACAUUUUUGACGCCCUGCAGUGAUUUAGAUGGCAUUUCUUAUGUCCUUUAUACAUAAUUAUACCCAGAAAAAAAUCCAUGUCCCAUAUCCUUUAAGGAGACUUUCUAUAUCUAGGGUUAAGGUCCGGUCCCACAAUACCGAUAACUAUAGCUACAACUAUAUAACUAUAAGUAAAUCAGCCCCCUGCAGUUUAUGUGGUCGGUGCUCACACCAGACUGAUAACGAUCCCUGUAGCCCAGGCCUGGGUUUAUCCGUAUCGGUGAGAUUGCUUCUGGAGUGAUAUUUUUCCAGGUGUGGAAAAAUCUGAUCUGAUAAAACAUCUGACCAAUCCAGUCAUUGUUUACAUGUGACGUUGUCUGAGCACGUUCUGUUUUCCCCGGGCAUCUCUGUUGCAUCAUAAAGUCAUGGAAUACAGAUUCACAUAUAUAUAAGGCGGCAUGGUGGUGUAGUGGUUAGCGCUGUCGCCUCACAGCAAGAAGGUCCGGGUUCGAGCCCCGUGGCCGGCGAGGGCCUUUCUGUGUGGAGUUUGCAUGUUCUCCCCGUGUCCACAUGGGUUUCCUCCGGGUGCUCCGGUUUCCCCCACAGUCCAAAGACAUGCAGGUUAGGUUAACUGGUGACUCUAAAUUGACUGUAGGUGUGAAUGUGAGUGUGAAUGGUUGUCUGUGUCUAUGUGUCAGCCCUGUGAUGACCUGGCGACUUGUCCAGGGUGUACCCCGCCUUUCGCCCGUAGUCAGCUGGGAUAGGCUCCAACUCGCCUGCGACCCUGUAGAACAGGAUAAAGCGGCUAGAGAUAAUGAGAUGAUAUAUAUAUAUAUAUAUAUAUAUAAUCUAAAGCACGGAUCUUUUAUUCACGGAUAUGUGAUUUUUCCGUGAAAUAUCAAUAGUAAAUGAAUAAAGUAAACAUAUAAACGCAGGUAAGAUAUUUUAGACCCCGUCCACACGUAGCCGGGUAUCUGCUAAAUCGAAGAUAUUUUUCUACGUUUUGGCCUGUCAUCCACAUGAAAACACAUCAAAAACGAAUAUUUAAAAAAACUCCGGGCAAAGUGAAGAUUUUUGAAAACUCCGUGUAUGCCUUUUCGUGUAGACAGAGAUAACCGGAGUUUUGCGUUUUAGAACGUCACAAUCUGCGCCAAAAAAAUGACAACAAAUCUGCCCUGACGUCAAACGUGCGACCUUUGUUUACUGCAGAAGCCAGAUUAAGCAUGGACAAAGAGUAAUGGAUCGGAGUAGUGCCUUGAAAGCGUUAAUUAUUGUGCAGGUGCUAUUUACAUGUUUAAUUUUAGAAGCCCAACUACUGAUAAGAUUCCCAAUCAACGUUUUCUUGCGUCUUUUGAAGUUUAUACUCCAAAAUUGUGUUUAGAAGCAAUUCUGUCUCCGAGUCUGUCCAGACGAACGAGCUUGGCGUCAUGUUUUAUGUUUAGGCAGAAGUGACGCCAACAGAGGGCUAUUCUGAUGUGAUUAGGGGGUAGGAUUUGGGGAAAUAAUGCCAUCUACAGGUUUGGAAUGCUUAUGAAUGUGAUUGAAAACGCAGAUGUUCGGUUAUGUGUGGAAGGGAAUUUUUUCGAAGACGAGGUGGUGUGGAUAAAACAUUUUUAUAAACGGGGGGGGGGGAUGUUCGGUUUUAAAAAUACCCGGCUACGUGUGUACAUGGCCUUAAUUAUGAAUUUCGCCAGUCCGAACAUUUCAUUGUUUUAGACUUGUUCAUUUUUUUUUUUAUCCGUGAUGAUUAAGCCGUAUGAAAUCGGUAACCGAUCUGUAGUAUACUGAAAUGUCCGUGACCAAUCCGUAAAUUAUUAGCAUUCGUAUUAAAAUCCGUAACCAUUCUGUAUUUUGUAUCCUUUUUUAUUAUAUUUCCAUAAUCCGUGACGUAUCCGUAUUAUGGUAUAUCAACCACUGGAGUGUGUACACGGGUUGUUUUGAAGUCCGAGCUGUACAGUACGACCCGGAAUAAUGUGCUACUACUUGGAAAAAACUUCCAUGACUAUUCCUAAGUUGCAUGAAGUGGCAGGACUAACAGAUAUUAUCGUCGGGAUUAUAGUUGUGGUGUUUCUGCUCCAGACUGGAACUAAAUUCAGGCAGCGGGAUCGUCAUAGCUGUAGUUAUAGGUAUAGUUAUCGGUGUUAUGGGACCGCGCCCUUAGGUUUAGGGUCAGGAUUUGGGAAGACACUGUGUUUUUAAACUACUGUAUGACGUAAUAAAACUAUAUAGAAUAUAGACCCCUUCGCAUGUUUGUAAACAAACCGACCGUUGCCAGGAUGCACGCACAGCCUGGACCCAGAAACAAUGGCGCUGCCCAUAGACCGGCAUUAUGAGCUGUCAGAUUAUGCAAAACAAUUGUCGUUACAAGAUCGAGAAUGCUACAUAAAUAAGUUAACUCUAACAAGUGGACAUCGCCUACCGGAUCCGCAUUUAAUUAAAGAGUGGACGGACGAUGUUAGUAAGUUCCCUGGUAUACAAUGGCCAGAUAUAUACUCGUACCUUAUUGACAAGACUUCAGUGUACACCCACGAAAAACUUCGUGCCUACAGGUCUUUAGACGCAUAUGAUUAUGUUAUGUGCGGGCAUGUACAACUUGAUUAACAAUGGGACAUUCAUAUUCAUUUUGUUUUAAUCAAAUUAUACCAGUGAUGUGAUGGCAAUGUGGCUUUAGCUACAACAGCAAAUCCCAACACUAAACAGCAAUUUGCAGGAGGUAAUGGCAUGAAAGGAAUGAUAGUGUAAAGAGUGCAGCUAAGAGAAAUCAGAGCUGCGUAAAAAGCGAGAGGCAGAGAGCAGAAAUGAAACUGAACGGGGCGGGAGCUAGGUUAGAGCAGUCAGCGUAAGUUGGCAUUUAGAGCGAGGGAACACAAUUUUACCUUUCCAUCCUUGCUUUAAAAUUGUGAUUUUCGGCAUACACAAAUAAUGAUGGCACAAAAUCUGGACUGCUUGAGUCAAGCGAGACCUCUCCUACAAACAAAACUGCAUGCUAAGCUAAGUUAACAUGCUAACAAUAUUCAUUACAUUGUGUAACUAUGACCAGCUAAUCAGACAAACGCUACCAAAGUAUUUUGCUACAUCAAUAAACGAAGACUAGAAAGAAUAAAAAAGAAAGAUUUAAUAAAUAGCCUGAUCUUACCUGUGAUGAAGUGGGCGCUGCAAACCCGCGCAUUUUUGACGGUGCUUUCAUCCCAGUCUACACGUUUGAUGGGUUGUAGCCAUAGACGUCGGCGAUUUUUUUGGAAUGGGUGAGAUCCUGCUGGAAUUCUGAACAUUUUAACCCCAUCACUGCUACGAUUCUGACACCCGACAACACAACAACUAGGCAUCGCUGAGUCUUUUUUGGGUCCACGCGCAAUUUCCGCUUACGUAUGAAUGACGUUUACUGCGAAGGGGUCUAUAGAUCACUCAUUUUUCGUAGUUGUUGCUGGUCUAGUGGUUAAGCUGUUGGGUUAAGAGUCAGAAGGUUUUGAGUUCUGAUUAAGUAUGAAAAAGAUGUGUUUAAAAAAAUGCUGAAUAGGCAGAUAGAUAGAGAAGAGGAAAUACUCUGCAGGUGUAGGAAGAGAGACAAAAGAAGUGAUGGAAAAGCCCUUUUAAGAAUUUUAGAUAAUUCUACCUUGAUUGGAAAUUAUGAACAAGGUUAAAUAUUUUAACCCAGGUCAAAAAAAAAAAAAAAUCACCUAGGUUGAAAUUUUUUGACUUGUAACAUAUACAAUUUUAAACAGCUGACGUUCUGAACUAAAUGGAUUUUCACGAACCACUUUUUUUUUUUGUGCGAACAUUGUACGAAUAAGUUUGUUCAUAUGCCGCUUGAUAAAUUCAGCUCAGUGUGAAUCUGUGCGAUCUCAUCUCAUUGAAUCAGUUCAAUUCGAUUCGAUUCGAUUUUAGAAACAAUCCCGCUGAAAUGCAGAGGUUUAGAUCUCUGAGCGAGGCAGAGGCGAGCGUGGCGAGGAGGAAGGAAAUAAGAACGAGUCUUGGGAUGAGAACGAGGCAGUCUUAUAGCAAAUGGUUUAACUAAUAACCUUCUGGUAGCGAGGGUAGUUUUCACACAACUAUAUUAUCGUAAACUCCAGGAGGUGGGGCUUAGGGGAGAUAUCCAAGAUGGCUGCUCAGGUAACUUUACAGCAUUUACAGUAAUGUGAAAUCUGAAUCCCAUCAGUCAUCUGUGUGAUGUGGCUGGAUGUCAUUUUGAGGAUGAUAUGGGACUCCCUAAAGUGAAUGACGCAUAAACUGGAAUGACGAAUGACAGCUAGUGAUUUGAACAAUAAAUGGUCCCUUGUCAUUCAGAUUCUUAUAAAUGGAAUAACGAUUGAAAUGUAGGUGGAAUGACGGGCGGCACGGUGGUGUAGUGGUUAGCGCUCUCGCCUCACAGCAAGAAGGUCCUGGGUUUGAGCCCCGUGGCCGGCGAAGGCCUUUCUGUGCGGAGUUUGCAUGUUCUCCCCGUGUCCGCAUGGGUUUCUUCCAGGUGCUCCGUUUUCCCCCACAGUCCAAAGACAUGCAGGUUAGGUUAACUGGCGACUCUAAAUUGACCGUAGGUGUGAAUGUGAGUGUGAAUGGUUGUCUGUGUCUAUGUGUCAGCCCUGUGAUGACCUGGCGACUUGUCCAGGGUGUACCCCGCCUUUCGCCCGUAGUCAGCUGGGAUAGGCUCCAGCUUGCCUGCGACCCUGUAGAACAGGAUAAAGCGGCUACAGAUAAUGAGAUGAGAUGUAGGUGGAAUGACAUGCUUUCAGCUCAUGAAAUGGAAGGACAUUGUUUCUAAGUGGAAUGACAUACUUUUAGGUUAUGUUAUCAGUGAUAUCACCUUUUACAAAUGGAAUGACAGCGUUUCCAGGUGGAAUGACAUACUUUAAGCUAAUGUUAUCAGUGAUAUCCCCUUUUACAAAUGGAAUGACAGUGUUUUUAGGUGGAAUGACAUACUUUGAGGCAAUGUUAUCAGUGAUAUCACCUAUAACCUAACCCUAACCCUAGAAACAAUGUAAUUCCAUUUGUUAAUUUGAUAUCACUGAUAACAUUGCCUCAAAGUAUGUAAUUCCACCUAGAAACCUUAUCAUUCCAUUUGUAAAAGGUGAUAUCACUGACAACAUUAGCUCAAAGUAAGUCAAUACAUAUAGAAACCCUGUCAUUCCAUUUGUAAAAGCUGAUAUCCCACCAAGCACCCACUUCUCUUAUCCUAGGGAGGUCUAAAACUAAAGAUUUCAAUCGUUAUUCCAUUUGUAAGAAUCUGAAUGACAAGGGACCAUUUAUUGUUCAAAUUUACUACCUGUCAUUCGUCAUUCCAUUUCAUGCGUCAUUCACUUUAGGGAGUCCUGGAUGAUAUCUACGUAGGAAGGUUUUGGAUGAGAGAGACUUCUGUUAGAUGUUUGCUUCUUUAGUUUUGCACGAGUGUAAGUUCAGACAGCAAACGGAAAAUGGCGUAAAUUAGAUUUUUCUCUAACCUCACUUUUAUCACUUUUUGUCACUUUCACAGAAAUUGACUUUUUAACCAUGUUUUUAUUUGAGUCACUGGGACACGAUGUAUGGGACGGAUAUGAAAUGAAAUGAAAUGAAAUGAAAUGAAAUGAAAUGAAAUGAAAUGCCUGUAUGGUACAGUUUCAUCACAGUAAUAAACUGACAUCAGCGUUUGGUUGCUAUAUCAAACAA